AUGUCUUCUGAUAGCUCUUUUACUGGAUUUAUAUCUAGAAACAAGACGGCGAUUAUCGCCACUACUGCUGCUGGUGCAUCUGCAAUCGGUGCUUACUACUACUACAAACAAUUGCAAAAGCAAGGCACUUCAAGUCAGAGUGAAUCUUCGAGCGCCACAACUACUGAAUCUAAGCCCAGUAAGAAAAAGAAGAAGAAGGCUAACAAGAAGAAGUAUCCUGUUGACAAAAAUGGGGAACCUGAUCUUUCUGGGCUAGAUUCGUUUACUCCAGAACAAAAGCAAAAGUACUCGAUGGCACUCAAAGAUAAGGGUAAUGAAUGUUUCAAAGAGAAGCAGUACGAACAAGCUAUCAAGUAUUACGACUAUGCUUUAAUGUUAAAUAAGGAUCCGGUCUUCUAUUCUAACAGAUCUGCAUGUUAUGUUCCUCUAAACCAAUUAGAAAAAGUCAUUGAAGAUACUACGGAGGCCUUGAAGUUGAAGCCUGACUAUACUAAAUGUUUGUUGAGACGUGCUAAUGCUAAUGAAACCUUAGGUAAUUACGCCGAUGCUAUGUUAGACUUGUCUGCUGUUUCUCUUUACGGCGGAUAUAGUGCGCAAGCUAUAGAGCCUGUUCUUGAAAGAAAUAUGAACAAGCAGGCUAUGGAAGUUGUAAAGAAGAAGCUUGCUGAUGGUGAGAAACACCAACUUCCAUCUAAUACUUCUUUGGCUUCUUUCUUUGCUAUUUUCCCAUCCGAGACCUCUUUCGAAAACUACGAUGAGUCCUCCACAGCUGACCAAAUGCUACUAAAAGCUUUAACUAAGUUGAAUGAAAGGAAGACUGGAUCAUACGAAGUUGCUGACGAAACCUUCGAAAAGGCUGCAGAACUUCUACGUGAAGCUCACGCAAAGAACCCUGAUGAUGCUGCUUUGAAGCAAAAGUUAGCCAUUGCUCUAGAGCACGUUGGUAUCUUUAAGUUUUUGAAGAAUGAACCAUUGGAAGCUCACCAGAUUUUGGAACAAGCUGUUGAUUUAUACCCAAGACCAAACUCCUACAUUUACAUGGCAUUGAUCAUGGCUGAUAGGGGUCAAACCAAAGAUUACACUACUUGUUUCGAAAAGGCGUUGGAAUUGGAUCCAAACAGCUCUGCCGUUUAUUACCAUCGUGGUCAAAUGUAUUUUGUCACUCAACAGUUUGAAAAGGCUGGGAAGGACUUCGAAAAAGCUAAGGAAUGCAACCCGGACAACAUUUUCCCUUACAUCCAGUUAGCUUGCUUGGCCUACCGCGAGAACAAGUUUGAAGACUGUGAGACUUUAUUCAGUGAGGCAAGACGUAAGUUCCCUACUGCUCCAGAAGUUCCAAACUUUUACGCUGAAAUUUUCUCUGACAAGGGUGACCUAGAAAGCGCCUUGAAGGAAUACGAGUUUGCUAGAAAGCUAGAAGACGCUCAAGACUGUAUUCAUGUUGGUGUUGCGCCAUUGGUUGGAAAGGCCACUGUUGCUGCCAGACAACCAUCAAUCGAAAACUUUAUCGAAGCUACCGCUUUAUUUGAAGAAGCAUGUAAAAGGGACCCAAGAUCUGAGCAAGCUAAGAUUGGAUUAGCACAACUCAAAUUACAACAAGAAGAAGUAGACGAAGCUAUUAAAUUAUUUGAAGAAGCAGCUGAUUUGGCCAGAGCCUUCGAUGAAAAGAUGCAAGCAACUACGUUUGCGGAAGCGGCUAAGAUCCAAAAGAGAAUCAGAGCCGACCCAUUGAUGAGUGCCAAAAUUCAGGAAACUUUGGAUGCUUAUCGUGCACAUGGGGUUGUUGUCUGA